UUCUUCUUUCUUUCAAAACCCACCUCUCUCUCUCUCUCUCCUCUAUAUUUAUCUCUGUAUACCUGAAAUCAGACAACCCUUCAGCAAAAAAAAUGCUUCCCAAUAGUCAGAAUUCAUCUUAUUUACUCCAAAGAAUCAAUUCAAACACUACAGCCAAUUGUAAACAACCCCACCAACUACAGCGCCACACACCAAUACCAUGCACCACUCAGGUACCAGAUUCCGUCGUUAAAUACCAUACACAUCUUGUGGGACCCAACCAGUGUUGCUCCGCCGUGAUCCAAAGAAUCUCAGCUCCCGUUUCCACCGUAUGGUCCGUCGUCCGCCGGUUCGAUAACCCACAAGCGUACAAGCACUUCGUCAAGAGCUGCCACCUCAUCGACGGUGACGGUAACGUCGGUACUCUCCGUGAAGUCCGCGUUAUCUCCGGUCUGCCAGCUGUAAACAGCACGGAGAAGCUAGAAAUUCUUGACGAAGAGCGCCACGUCAUUAGUUUCAGCGUAGUCGGUGGGGACCACCGACUCGCGAAUUAUCGGUCUGUUACUACUUUACAUCCUGAACCUUCAGGCAAUGGGAUAACGACUAUUGUUGUGGAAUCGUACGUUGUGGAUGUUCCAAUGGGUAAUACUAGAGAUGAAACGUGUGUUUUUGUUGAUACUAUUGUUAAAUGUAACCUUCAGUGGUUAGCGCAGAUCGCUGAGAAUUUGGGUAGACGAAAGGCCCCAUGAGCACUUCACCCCUCUGAUAUUCCAGCGCAAAUCCGGAUUUAAUCGGCUUCAGUAGUACUGGCAUCAGACAUCGAAUGAAAAACAAAAAAAAAUCAACUGAUAUCAAUGAUACAUGUGAUGAUACGAUGUAUUAUCAAAUCCGAUGAUGUUUUUUAGGGGGUACGAUGGUUUGAAAAAUCAUUGCACCUUUUAGCUGUUCUUCAUCGAUCUUCAGGUUGUCAUCACUUGUUGAAGAUAAGUUCUGGUUAACAAACUUGUUUUGCUGAAUGAAUUUCUUCCUGUGAUUGUUUUUCUUCUUUGUUUCUUUAAUAUUGAUAGGUUCUUUACUGCUACGUUUUCUUUUAUCAGUAAUUUGUCGAAAAUGGCUAAAAGGACAAUAAUUACCGAGCUA